AUGUCCGCUGCCAUCACCCGCGUGGCCUUCUGUGGUGCCCUCUCUGGCCAGCUCUUCAUCGGGUGGCUCGGCGACAAGCUCGGCCACGAGAAGGUGUAUGGCAUUACGCUCAUGCUCAUGGUCAUCUGCUCCAUCGCGAUCGGCCUCUCCUUCGGUCACACCGCCAAGGGCGUCAUGGCCACCCUCUGCCUCUUCCGCUUCUGCCUCGGCUUUGGUAUCGGCGGCGAUUACCUGGUCUCCGCCACCAUCAUGUCGGAGUACGCCAACAAGAAGACCCGUGGCGCCUUCAUCGCAGUCGUUUUCACUACGCAGGGCUUCGGCAUCCUCACAGGCGGAAUCGUCUCCAUCAUCAUCUCCGCCGCCUUCAAGGAGCGCUUCGACUAUCCGGCCUACAGGGACAACCGCGCCGGCUCCACCGUCCCGGAAGCCGACUACAUCUGGUGCACAACUCUCAUGCUGGGCGCCCUCCCGGCUGCCUUAACCUACUACUGGCGGAUGAAGAUGCCAGAGACUGCGCGAUACACUGCUCUUGUUGCCAAGAACGCGAAACGGGCGGCACCCGAAUGUCGAGUGGGGGAGAACAUGAAGGCAAAGCCAUUGAAAGAAGGGAGUAGCGAGCUGAUGUACAUGGACAUUAAGCUCCAUGGCCAAACAACCCAUGUAAUGGUGGACAUGGGAGCUACCCACAACUUUAUUGACAAUCGAGAAGCAAUGCGACUUGGGCUGAUCUUGGAGAAGAACCCAAGUCGAAUGAAGGCAGUGAACUCGGAGGCCAAGUGA